AUGGAAAGAAGCAUUCUAAACAUCAAGCUACGGAACAAAAUCAAACUAACAAAUAUAAGAAGUAAGACAAGAGUUACAGAUGUCGCACACACAGUGAAAAAACUUAAGUGGAAGUGGGCAGGCCAUAUGAUAAGAAACGGAAAGGAAAAAUUGACAAAAAAUUUUACAGUAUGGUAUCCCAGAGAUGGAAAAAGACGGAAAGGGCGCCAGAAAUUAAGAUGGGAGAAUGAUAUCAAGCAAACAGCCACAACAACAUGCCAAAGAGAAGCUGCAAACAAGGAAAUAUGGAAAACCCUAGGGGAGGCCUAUGCAAAAUGGCAAGCUGAUAAUAACGUUACCGAUGUCGAAGAUUAA